GGUACCAGGUUGCUUUACGGGAAAAGGCUGCUCUAAUUUAGUCUGGAACUGCCCUACUUGAGACUUUUUCAUAGUUAUCAAUCUGUACAAAGAAUCACCAAACUGCUAAGGGAACCAAUACUGGCAAAUCAGGCUGCCGAGACAACUGUAUAAUUCGCUCGAAAAAGAAACGGAGAACUUCUCAAGCAUACAGGAGGAUAAUGCAUAUAAAAAUAUGCAAGAAUCACAGGAAACCCACAUAUCCAACCACCUAGAUGAAAUUGUUGCUGCUGUCAGCAUAACGCCUGGAAAGAAGAUCCAAAACAAGCUGCCUCAGACAGCACUAUUCCAGCCUCCUCGAGAGAAACUCUGCCUCUGUGAAGAGAAAGCGAAGUCCUAUUCCAGCAGUCAGGAGUAUAAACAGGCCGUCCAGGAGCUUGUGCGCAGCGUGGCACUGACAAGAAUUUGCUAUGGCGACUCCCAUUGGAAACUAGCAGAGGCACAUGUUAAUCUGGCUCAAGGCUACCUCCAGCUGAAAGGGAUGUCACUGCAAGCAAAACAACAUGCAGAAAAAGCCAAAGAAAUCCUCACCAACUCCAUUGUACCUCCCUAUCACGAUGAUACAGACGUUUUCAAGUGUUCAGUUGAACUAUUCCAUACCAUGGGGAGAGCCUUACUCUCCCUUCACAAAUUUAAAGAAGCUUCAGAGAAUUUGACCAAAGCAGAGAGACUUGCAAAGGAGCUGCUGCAAUGUGAAAGGAUUAUAAAGGAAGAAUGGAUAGAAAUUCAAGCGCGGAUCAAAUUGUCAUUGGCACAGCUAUAUCAAGGUCAGAAGAAAUCAAAAGAAGCUCUGCCCCACUACCAAGAGGCUUUAGAAUAUAUUGAGACCAGUAAAGGUGAACAAAGUCUUGAGUGUGUACCAAUAUUGAGGGAAUUAGCAGGUGUAGAACAAACCCUGGGAUUUCACAACGCAUCCAUCGACCAUUUUUUACAGGCACAUCUCAUCGUCCUGAGCAAAAACCCCUCUCAAGAGGAGGCAGCGGUCUCUGCCCACUUUGUCGCCCACGCUGCUGUUGCUUCUGGGAGGCCUGAGCACCAUGAUGUGGCUGACCAGUAUUUUCAAGAGAGCAUGGCUAAUCUGAAGGAUGCUGAAGGGGUGGGAAAAGCCAAAUUUCUUUCAAUUCAAGAUGAAUAUUGCCAUUUUCUACAAGUCACUGGACAACAAGAGAGAGCAACCUCGAUCCUGAGAGAAUCCGUGCAAGCCAAAGUGGGAGUGUUUGGCGAUGUCAGUCCUGAGGUGGCAGAGACAUACCGGCUCCUGGGUGGGGCCGAUCUGGCGCAGGGGAACCACAGUGGGGCCCACAGGAAACUGAAGAAGUUGUCCUGGAGAAAGAUGAUGGUAGCUUGCUCCAAGACAGUGGCCCGGGGAUGGAGCAAAGUCGUGGGGGAGUCGAGGGAUGUCGAUAAGGAUAUAGAGCCCACAGCACUUGGCAACUCAGAGUGUCUUCAGAUUCAGACUCUCUUAUAUGGACCGCAGGACAAGAGGACUCUGGCCACCCAGAAGACCCUGGACGUCCUGUCCAAGGCCCCUGAGAUGGCUGUGAAGCCUAGGCCGGCCCCCAGAGCCAAACCGGCAUUCUGCACUGGCGUGCCCCCGCACACAGUGCUGGGGAAGGCUAGGUCCAACGCGGCGGACUGAGACCCCCCCACCCCACCCCCAAAGAAGGCUUUGGUCAUGCCUGGGUGCUGACAUUUAGGGUGCUGUGUAAAUCUCUGUCUACGAGAUGGAAGUCAACAGUCAUUGUACAGAUUUUCAAGACCAACUGUUUGCUCCCACAUGCAACAGUGACACCAUUCACCUCCCAUGGGCCACAUUUUGACAGUGGAUGCCCUUCAGGGUGAUCUGGUGCUUCUACAAAGCAUUUUACUUUUUAUUACCUAAGUGGUUUUUGUUCCCAACAAAAAUCUUUACCCAUCAGCAUUUUUUUUUACUGUGGCUGAAAGACUUCUCUUCAGAAGUUCAAAACUCCCUGUGCAGGAAAGCAGACUCAACAUCUGACUGUACAAAUAUAGCCCCUCGCACAGGUCUGGAGUCAGAUUUGGAGCAAUAAAAUUCUGGAAAAAGCCCUUUCUUAUAGGAAGCUAUUAGGGAUUGAGAAUAACAUGCUAAUAAAAGGAAA